AUCGAUUGCCCUCAUGUUCUCCAAGCAGCUCGAUGUGCUGAACUCCGUUUUGCAGAUGGUCUUGAAGCACUCGGAUGCCACGGCCUUGUUAACUGUUCCGACGGGCUCAUCGGGUAACAAGUUGAAGAGUCCUCUGUUCUUUUACUACCACAAAUUCUUAGAAGAAAAACCUGAAAGUGUUACCAGUGUUGUGAUUGAUUAGUU